AUGUACAUACAUACACAGACACAUGUACAUACAUACACACAAACACAGACACAUGUACACACACACAUACAUGUACAUACAUGCAGACACAGGUACAGAUACACACAUGUACACACACACACCAGCCCCCCCCCCCAUAAAAAGUUGCAGUACUUCGUUGUUCACUCACAGAUCCGGGUACUGCACUCUUGGGGGAGGAAGAGAGCACAGCAUACACUCCUUGCUUUGCUUUCACUGCGCUCAGCUAUUGAGCAGUCUUACAGCUCCCAGUGCCAAUGACAGAUCCAGCCUGAGCUCUGAGCCUGCUCAGCAAGAUGGCCCCCGGGGACACACUCGCCCCCACCAUAAUUUCCACUCACCAUUGGCGAGCAGGCGAUUGGAAAUUUCAAGCCCUGUUCUA